UUCAAUUACAAGCCCUAAUUGUGUGUCCGCAGAGCGCUGGUUCCCCAUGUCAGGAUGGUUUAGCCCUUCAGACGGGGCUGAGCUCGGAGGAGGAAGAGGAAGAGGAGGGGAAGGAGAAGAGGAAGGAGAAAGAGAAGAAGAGGAAGGAUAAGGAAAAGAAGAAGGAGAGGAGGAAGGAGAGGGAGGCGAGAAGAGCCGCUUUGGGGGGAAAGGACUUCUAGGCUGAUUUUGGGACGAAAGGAGGGAGGGGGGAGAGGAAGGGGGCGGCUAGGAGCAAAGGGGGAGGCGUUUGGGAGGGAGUCGAAGCGAAGGCCUCGGGAAGAAGAAGAAGAAGAAGAAGAAGAAGUGAGGAAAGGAAAGAGGAGAGGAAGGCCGCGCUCUCUCUCUGGCUGGGGCCAUGGCCGAGAAAAGGCGAGCCUCGCCUUGCACCAUGCUGAGCCUCAAGGCGCACGCCUUUUCCGUGGAGGCGCUCAUCGGGGCCGAGAAGCAGCAGCAGCAGCAGCAGCAAAAGCGUCGGAAGCUGGCCUCCGGGGCGGAGGAGGCGAUGAUGGCUGCCGAGGGGGAGCCCGGCCUCUGCUCCGAGAGGACACCGGGCGGAGAAGGGGACGCCGAGGGGGACGCAGGCGGAGGAGGAGGAGCGGGACCCGCCGAGCCUCCCGGCAGCUGCGAGGAGGGCUUCCUGAGAGGGCCCGCCACGCCGCCUCCUCCUCCCCCCGUGGGCUGCCCACCCAAGGCCGUGUCCUCCCGCCCGGCCUCCCCGCUCCUGGCCCCGCAGGCGCCCCGCGUGGAUCUCCAGGGCGCCGAGCUCUGGAAGCGCUUCCACGAGAUUGGCACCGAGAUGAUCAUCACCAAGGCCGGCAGACGGAUGUUUCCUGCAAUGAGAGUGAAAAUUUCAGGCUUGGACCCCCAUCAGCAGUAUUACAUUGCCAUGGAUAUUGUCCCUGUGGACAAUAAAAGAUACAGGUAUGUUUAUCACAGCUCCAAAUGGAUGGUAGCUGGCAAUGCUGACUCACCUGUGCCUCCCCGGGUAUACAUUCAUCCAGAUUCACCUGCCUCAGGAGAGACUUGGAUGAGACAAGUGAUUAGCUUUGACAAACUGAAACUUACAAACAAUGAACUGGAUGACCAGGGCCAUAUUAUUCUCCAUUCUAUGCACAAAUACCAACCACGUGUCCAUGUCAUUCGGAAAGACUGUGGGGAUGAUCUCUCUCCUGUUAAGCCCGUUCCUUCAGGAGAAGGAGUGAAGGCGUUCUCCUUUCCUGAAACUGUUUUUACAACUGUAACAGCAUACCAAAACCAACAGAUCACCCGACUCAAGAUUGACAGGAAUCCAUUUGCCAAAGGAUUUCGAGAUUCAGGACGCAAUAGGAUGGGACUGGAAGCUUUAGUAGAAUCUUAUGCAUUCUGGAGACCUUCACUGAGGACACUUACAUUUGAAGAUAUACCUGGGAUUGCGAAACAAGGAAAUGCUGGGUCUUCAACUUUGCUCCAGGGGUCUGGAAACGGAGUACCAACCACUCAUUCCCACAUCCUCCCUGGAUCUCCAUGCUCUUCUCCAGCCUUUCACCUUCCUCCCAACACCAGCCAGCUCUGUAGCCUCACCCCAGCUGACUACACAGCUUGCGCUCGCUCAGGUCUAGCCCUUAACCGAUACAGUACUUCCUUGGCUGAAACAUAUAACAGACUUACAAACCAAACCAACGAGACCUUCGCAACUCCAAGGACUCCCUCAUAUGUUGGUGUGUCAAGUGGUUCAGCAGUGAAUAUGCCUGUGGCAGGCAGUGAUGGCGACGGAUUCGGCUGUUCCCAGGCAGGCUUAUCGAUGCAGAUUUCAGGGAUGUCUCCCCAGCUCCAAUAUAUUAUGCCUUCCCCGUCCAGCAAUGCCUUUGCUACAAAUCAGACCCACCAGAACUCCUACAACACGUUCAGGUUGCACAGCCCUUGUGCUCUUUAUGGAUACAACUUCUCCACAUCCCCCAAACUGGCUGCCAGUCCUGAGAAAAUUGUUUCUUCCCAAGGAAGUUUCUUGGGGUCGUCACCAAGUGGAACCAUGACCGAUCGGCAGAUGUUGCCCCCUGUAGAAGGAGUGCACUUACUUAGCAACGGGGGGCAGCAGAAUUUCUUUGACUCUAGGACCCUCGGAAGCCUCUCGCUGUCAUCAUCUCAAGUAUCUGCACAUAUGGUUUGAUAAAGACUUUUAAAAAUAAAAAAUAGAGAGUGUGGGUUCCUACAAUGUGCUCCUUUGGGAGAUAAUGCUAAAUGGGAUUGAUGUACCUUAUAAGGUGUUUAUGGAAGUAGUUGUUAUUUUUUUUAAAAAUUUAAUCACCAGAGGAAGUUGGACUGAAUAUAUUAAGUUACCUAUGGUCAGAUAUUUGGAUAUGCUUUUAUCUUCUGGGUAAAGCCACAUUUGUUUGCAGAGCUGCCAAUUUAGUCUCCUGGUAGUGUACAAUUCAUUUUAUAGCAUGUUUGGCCAUAUGCAACAAAUUAAGCGGGACUUCCUCUAGCAUUCUUUUCUCCACAUCUUUCCUUCUUUAAAGAGAAAAAACAACACUCAGGUCUGAUUUAGAUGAAACAAAAGGAAAGUAGUUUUAAAAUAUAUAGGAAUACGUCAUUUUAUAACAACUCUCCCUAAAGUGUUCUUACUACACUGAGCUGAUGCCAACAUGCAUGCACUUCUUCUCUGUUGUAAGAGAGAUAAUAAACACUUGCGCUUCCAUUAGGCUUAUAGUUCAGACAUGUAGCUGUGAUUUUCCUUCUCAAGCUUUUAUGAUAUAUCUGGCUUCUCAGAGCCUUGCCUUUGUUAUUAUGAUAUAUUAUGAGCAUAGGAAUACUUACUAGCAAACUACAGAUGCAAUGGUAAGAAUCUAAAUUAAGCUGUGUUGAGGGCAAGAUGGCUAACUUCUCUGUACAGAAUGAAUUUGAAGUGGGCUUGCUCCAUUUGAAGAGAGUAUAAACUAUUUUCUAUAGAGAUUUUAUAUUUUAAAAUAUUAUAUUAUUUUCAAAAAACAUUUGAACCGCCUUUUCAAUCUUGCUUACAAAUUUAGGGGAACAUUAGCAUCUGAUAUUGGAGUGGCGGCUAUAGUGAAAAACCCAGAUACGUCUCACUAGGUGUACAGAAGUGACAGAUCUGCAUUGGAAAAAAAACAGACUGUGUUUGCAAAUCUAUUUGAUUUUAUACUUGGUUUUCAGUCAAGCAUUGAUUGUUUUGGCCACAGAGUGUAAGAAAAAAGAAAUCAUCACAAACACAAACACAGAACUGCUACACAAAAUAGUGGAUAGUAGCUUUAAAAAUAAUAGGAAUAGCCAUAUACAAAUACUCAAGUUUUCAUUUUAGCAAUCUGUUACCUAAAUGCAACAAUGAAUUGAGAUCAGAAGCAUUCUUUAUUGAUUUAAGAUCACAAAUGCACUAUCUGGCUAUUUUGAUUGAUAUAUCAACAUCUUAGAUUAGCCAGAGCUAUCAGAUAUCUAAUAAUUUCUGGCACAUACUUCUUAUUUUUCUCAUCCUAAUUUUCAGAAUUUGGUCUUAAAUGUUUAAGUGUUUUGAGGUGUUUAGAUGCCAAAUGUAAGCUUUUUGGCCACACUCCAAUUUGUGAUCGGGAAAGUCCUGUAUAAGCAAACAGUGUUCCCUACGUGUGAGGAUUGUCUCUGAUUUUCGCUUUCAACAGUAUUAUCUGACAUCACUUUGAUUUCCACUCAGGAGGGCACAUCGACUUUCAAGAGUGGGAUGUUUGCUUUUUUCUAGUGGCUAUUUUUGGAAGGCUAUAAUGGGAGUGGAAGGGAAAUGUGCAACACUGCACACAUGGUCCUCAGGUUCUCUGUCAAUAUUGGGUGUCCCCUUGAAACCAUUUAAAGUUAGGCCUAAACACAAUUCCUUUGUGAAGGAUAUUUGUUGUACUGACUGCAUGCCUUGAAAAAAGGCACUGCAAGUGUUUCUCAACACUAGAAUUAAUGCAGUUUGACACCACUUUAAGGACCAUGAAAUUAUGGGAGGUAGUUUGGUGAGGCACUAACAGAGAAGGCUAAAGAUCAUGCAAGUAAGAAGGAAAAAGCAGUAAGAAAAUAUGAAAGGGUUAGAAAUAGUAUAUAUGUGGGCUAAUCUGCUCAGCCCCCAAAUUCCAUGUAUGAAACAGGACAAAGGGCUUCCUUUGGAACACCCUGAGUUAACACUGGCAUAAAAUAACAUUUUAUUUGCGGUUCUGACUCUCCUUACUGCAGCCAUAUUAUUUCAGUGUGACUUCCCCAAAGAAACAACUGUUCUUAUAAAACGUAUGAUUCAAAAAGAAAGGUUUAUGCCAAAGACAAAAAGCAAAUAUGGCAACCCAAAGUCAAAUUUUUUUCCCCCUUCAGUUAAAGAUGUCUCCAAAUUGCAAUGAAAUUUAUUGAGGGAGACCUCAUGCACUUUGAGGGCUUUGUUUCAUGAAAGUAUUGGAUAGUUAUUUCCAACAAGACAGUAUUUAUUUGGUUAUGCUAGUAACAAAAAUAGUCAAUUGUCAAAUCUAUCCAAAAGAUAUUCAAUAAAAUUUACACAAAAUUAAGAGCAUAUGAGAUAUUGCUGUAAUGAAAAAUUAUUCAUUUACACAUAAUGCAAUAGUUAAUUCAACGUAUAUAAUUAAAUAAGUUUUAAGUUGCAUGUUAACAUCUAAAGGGGGAUUUGAUAAGGAAAUACCCACUGCUGAGGCAAAGCUUUUGAUGUUUUACAGGAUAAAAUUCAACACAACAGAACCUGUCAAAUGAGUGUCAACAGGCUAUAAAGAUAUCUGCAGUGUAAUUUCAACUAGAGUUCCAUUAUCCUAUUUUCUAGCAAUAUUUAUUUGAUAUUAUAAAGCCAUCACAUUGCAGUUGUAACAGUUUUUCCCCCCUAAAAUGCAGUUUCUGUUGUACAUAGUAAAGGGUGUGUGAUUACAAAGUCCAGCUUUUCAUGGAAUAUAAUGAAUGCCAAAUAAGCAUUAUAUCUAUAAUUAUAUAUAGCUGUAUUUUGUUUUUUAAAAUCACAGAAAUGAUAUUAAAGCGUGUAUCUAAAAACACUUUUUAUUAAAUUUUGAAAAUAAAAAAGCUUCAAAAAACAACAAAAUUCACAGCA